CUUCUACAGAGGUCAACCACAACCGCAACUUCUGCUCUUACUUCAUCCUUGCGACGACCAUUUAUCAUCAUCCGAGAUGGCAAAAACUACCUUACGCCAGCGCAAAAUGCUUGACGCACAGGCUGUGCAAGCUGGGCAAGCCUCCACUCCCCCGUCGGUAAGCUAUUGAUCAAAGACCGCAUUAGCUACCAGGUCUCACUAACCUCCACACAGACCGAGAUCGAUAUGGUCAUCGAGGAGACUCCUCUCGAUCAGCAGGAAACGAUUGAAGAAUGUAACGUCCCGCUUGAGAUCGCCGCUAUCAAGACGCUCCUCGGCCAGCAACAGGACUCAAUUGAAGAAAACGGCGAACUGAUCACCACAGCCGGUGCCAAGAUUUUCGAGCUGGAGCCUCAAACGCUCGAUAGUUUCUCCGACGAGCUUGACGAUAUGGCUAGGGCCGACAGAGACAAGUGGGAAUGUGUUCACGAAAGCGGUAAAAUGUCCGAGUUGAUCGACAAGGUGUCAGAGGAGAACGCGACGCUCAAGAAGAAGAUUAAAACGCAGAAAUCUGCCCUCAUUAAGCAGAAGAUCGCCCUCAAAGAGGAGAAGGAUGGCAACAAGCAGCUCAAGUCCGACGUGGCCAGCAUGAUGCGACGACUUGUCGCAGUCGAGGAAGUCGUUCACCCGGCCAUGUGCGAGGCGGCUGAGCAGAAGCUUGGAGAGCUGGGUGUCUGAAAUACUCAGUAAUGAUCUCGGAAGAUGGAUAUGUACGCGGCAAUGAUGUGAUCAGAUUCCAGCCGAUGACUGUAACCUCAGUCUGAUCACCACUUGGCUUAUUUUAUUGUAUACACGAAGAGUAAUUGAAUGAACAUAAGCGCACU